GCAAGUAGAAGUGUAGCAAUGGCCUGGGUGUGUCCCAUCGCAGUUAUUCUCAUCUCGCAAUGCCUUCUGUGUAUUGUGACAGCAUCCGAUGAUCGCUGGGCAGCAUUCUCACAACUUGGAUGGCAACAUGGAGAUCGUCCAAGUCACGACAACAGCAUAGUUGUCCUUUUGGCAUUGCGGCAACGAAAUAUGGACUUGCUCGAGCGCAAGGCCCAAGCCGUCUCAGAUCCCAGCAGUCCAGAGUAUGGCAGAUAUUUGGAGCGAGAUGAACUCUAUGGCAUCUCUGGUUCGUCAGCUUACAAUGUAGACCUGGUGGAGAAAUUCUUUAGCGAACUGCCAGGGACAUUCCAGUUUUCAUUUGGCAAGGAUUUUGCCAGGUACACCUGCACCAUUGCAUGUGUUGAAAAGGUGUUUAACACCACCUUGCGAAUACAGAAAGGAAGAGUAGCACCAGGGACAACACCCAUUCGAGCCUCGGAACCUGUCCGCCUGCCAGUGAAUAUUCAGAAUGCGUUAGAAGGGACCUCUUUGAAUGCCCCACUCUUCAUGCCCCCACAUCCUCGGCAGUCCAAAGUGAUGCCAUUUCGUUACAAACGGUCAGGUCGGACAGCACCUCGUGUUCGUCCAAUGAUGGUAGCAGGCGACCAAUUCAUCAGUAUUCAUUUUGUUGCAUAUUGCAAAGACAAAGUUGUCAAUCAAGAUACCGUUCAAAAUGGGAUCUGCAGAAACAGUCCCCAUUCACGUCUCAUCACAGCGUUCGACGUCCUAGUGCUGCAAACGGCCACAAAUUGGCAGAAACUUGUGAGAGUUCCUGCGGUUCCUGACACUCUGGGAGAAAAGGUGGCAAAGACCGAAGACAACCAGACCUGCACGGAGUUUAAUGCCACCCUGGGAAAUAUUCAAAACUAUGCGAGUACCACCGUGCGUAUCCGAUCGCUGUUCUCUGAUGGUUCGGUUUCGGACUUCAGUGACCCAAGUGAAGUGAUGCCAAGUUGGCCAAUGGCCUACACCACUCCUUCGCUGCUGUCUCGCAACUAUCGGAUUCCAAUGCAUGAGCCAGUGCGUCAUCCACGCAACAGCAUUUCUGUUGCUGAAUUUCUGGGCCAGUACUACAACCCUGAUGACUUGGAUGCAUUUUUCAAGCUGAUGGGUGUACGUGAAUGGGGAACACGACCAAAGCUAAGUCUUAUCGGAGAGAACCUUCCCAUGGCAGGUUCUGUGCUCGGAGGAGAGGCACAGCUUGAUAUUCAAUACAUCACAUCUUUGGCUGCAAAUGUUUCAACCUUCUUUUGGAGUGUGCCUUCCAUUGAGCUUGCAACACGUCAAGAGCCCUUCCUGGACUGGUUGAUGCAGCUGGAGGACACAGAUGACUCAGAGAUUCCAUUGGUCCAUUCAGUGUCGUACUCUGAUGAUGCCUUGACUAUGCCGUUUUGGUUCAAGCGCCGCGUCAAUGAGGAAUUUAUGAAGCUGGCUCUCAGAGGCAUCACAGUGCUGGUUGCAAGUGGAGAUGAUGGUGUGAGUGGCAACUUUGUUGCGAAGGAAGGGCUGAAGUACUGCGGAGUGAAUCGGGAAGAGUUUCCAUCAUCAUCCCCAUGGGUGACUUCCGUUGGAGGAACGCAACUAGCACAAGAGAACGUCCCGGUUUGUGGUUAUGCUUCCGAAGAUGUCAUGGUUCAGUGUCCCCAUGAUGGAGAGGUGGUAUGCACAUCAGACAAAGGAGGUGGAAUCACAUCAGGCGGGGGCUUCUCCUCUGACUUUCCCAGACCCUGGUAUCAACAUGAGGCAGUGGAACACUACCUCCAUCAGACAGACAACCCAGUACCGAGCCAAGACAAGCUGAAGUACAAUAAAUUUGGCCGCGCAUUCCCCGACUUAGCAGCGCUUUCAAGUAACUACUUGGUACUCAUGGGUGACGACUUGACCGCCAUGUCUGGAACCUCAGCCUCCACCCCAUUGGUUGCAUCCAUGGUGGCACGUUGGAAUGAAGAUCGAUUGCAGCAGCGAAUGCCUCCACUAGGAUUUCUGAAUCCUUUGCUGUACCAGAUUCUUUCCAAGUAUCCCAGUGCUUUCAACGACGUUCAGAUCGGUGACAACCGAUGCUCCCGGGGAUCUGCUUGUUGCCCAACAGGCUUCGCGGCAGCCCGGGGCUGGGAUGCCGUCAGCGGCUGUGGCUCGCCCGAUUUUCAGCUCGUGGCCAAGAUCCUGCGCGAGGAUGCUAUGAUGUCCUUUCGCAGUAGAUUCAGUGGACCAGCACAACCACUGGCUUUGGAUGCUGUUCAAGGUCCUGGAUGGAUGUUUUUGAUCGUGAUGAUGCUGCUUCAGUCGCUGAUCACUGGCUUUGUCGUCUUCGUUCUGAUGGGUGGCUGUCGCCGCUGGAAACUUGUGCAUGCGAUGAGGCCACUCUUGGAUGGGUGACAUCCUGAUGGCCUCCAGUCUGGUAGAAUGAGGUAGGAAUGAGAUAGGAAGAUUUCGCUGAUUUCAAUUCUUGAACUAUCUCCGCACGGUACGCUUGGAUAGCUCCUCGACCCAGCAAAUCAUGUUGAAGGAAAGACGAGUAGAGCUGGCUGCAGAAACCGAUCCAGGAUAAUCCAAGCGUUUCUAGUCGCAGAGUUUAGAUAGAGGACAUAUGCGCAAUGCGCCAUGCCAAAGUCGGCACAAGUCCUUCACACGUCUGAUCUUUUGAAUAUACACAGCUGGUGCAGCUGUUUGAUGCUGUUCCGCAGUGGACUCAUGCUGGAGCGUGCAAAAACAUGUUUGAACACCGCGUGUUGAAAA